CUCUCCCUCGUAUUCCCUGGUCAUUCCUGCACAAAGAGCACAGAUCCAUCCAGAGGUUUUGGGGCUUCCAGGGGCGCCUGCCUGGCCGGGAGAGCGGAUCGUGCUGAAGGGAGACCUUGGAAGCGCCACAGGCUGGAUGAAACGAUUUGUUGGAAUGCUAAAUUUGGCAGCAGCUUUUCAUCCAAAGCGGAGCCACUUUGCACCUGUCUGGGAAGAUAAAGGGACUGGGAAUGAGUGUGAGGGGGAUUUUUCUGCCUGAACGGGAUACAAAGGCCUCGGCACAAAUGAAUUCCGGAGCUUCAAAGCCUUUCCUGAAUGUUUUUCCGCCCCUGUCAGGCUGUUUUAUUUCCCAGUGAUCCAGCUGAUGAAUAAGAACAUCCUGAGCUGGAUUGAGCCCUGGAUUUUGAGGAAUUUCCAGUUAAAGACGCAGCAGUUGAGAUGGGGAGGUGAGUGCUGUGCCUGCUGAACUUCCCGGGACCUGCCAGCCAUGCCAGGGAUUGUCGUGUUCCGCCGGCGCUGGUCUGUGGGCAGCGAUGACCUGGUUCUGCCAGCCGUCUUCCUCUUCCUCCUUCACACCACCUGGUUUGUGAUCCUCUCGGUGGUGCUCUUCGGGCUGGUGUACAAUCCCAACGAGACGUGCUCCCUGAACCUGGUGGACCACGGCCGGGGCUACCUGGGGAUCCUGCUGAGCUGCAUGAUCGCCGAGCUGGCCAUCAUCUGGCUCAGCAUGCGCGGGAGCAUCCUGUACACGGAGCCGCGGGACUCCAUGCAGUACGUCCUCUAUGUGCGACUGGCGAUCCUGGUGAUUGAGUUCGUGUACGCCAUCGUGGGCAUCGUGUGGCUGACACAGUACUACACCUCCUGCAACGACAUCACAGCCAAGAGUGUCACCCUGGGAAUGGUGGUGUGCAACUGGGUGGUGAUCCUGAGUGUGUGCAUCACUGUGCUGUGUGUCUUUGAUCCCACGGGACGCACCUUCGUCAAGCUCCGCGCCACCAAGCGCCGGCAGCGCAACCUAAGGACCUACAACCUCAGACACCGCUUGGAAGAGGGACAAGCCAGCAGCUGGACACGCAGGCUCAAGGUGUUCCUGUGCUGCACACGGACAAAGGACUCCCAGUCGGAUGCCUACUCCGAGAUCGCCUACCUUUUUGCGGAAUUUUUCCGGGACCUGGACAUCGUGCCCUCGGACAUCAUCGCGGGGCUGGUGCUGCUGCGGCAGCGGCAGCGCGCCAAGCGCAACGCCGUGCUGGACGAGGCAAACAAUGACAUUUUAGCUUUCCUGUCUGGAAUGCCAGUGACCAGGAACACCAAAUACCUGGAUCUGAAGAAUGCGCAAGAGAUGCAGCGGUACCGGGAGGUGUGUUACUACAUGCUCUUCGCCCUGGCUGCCUAUGGAUGGCCCAUUUACCUCAUGAGGAAACCCACAUGUGGACUCUGCCGCCUGGCCAGAUCCUGCUCGUGUUGCUGCCUGUGCCCGUCGCGGCCGCGCUACGCUCCCGGCGUCACCAUCGAGGAGGACAAUUGCUGUGGCUGCAACGCCAUCGCCAUCCGCCGCCACUUCCUGGACGAGAACAUGACCUCUGUGGACAUCGUCUACACUUCCUGCCACGACGCUGUUUAUGAAACUCCUUUCUAUGUGGCUGUGGACCAUGACAAGAAGAAGGUGGUCAUCAGCAUCCGGGGGACUCUGUCCCCAAAAGAUGCCCUGACGGAUCUGACGGGGGACGCGGAGCGCCUGCCGGUUGAGGGGCACCACGGAACGUGGCUGGGACACAAGGGAAUGGUGCUGUCUGCUGAGUACAUCAAGAAGAAGCUGGAGCAGGAGAUGGUGCUGUCCCAAGCUUUUGGACGGGAUUUGGGAAGAGGAACAAAGCACUACGGCCUGAUUGUGGUUGGGCAUUCCCUUGGAGCUGGCACAGCUGCCAUCCUGUCCUUCCUGCUGCGUCCCCAGUACCCGUCUCUGAAGUGCUUUGCUUAUUCCCCCCCAGGUGGGCUGCUCAGUGAGGAUGCCAUGGAGUAUUCCAAGGAGUUUGUGACUGCAGUGGUGCUUGGCAAAGAUCUGGUGCCCAGGAUCGGGCUCUCUCAGCUGGAGGGAUUUCGCCGGCAGCUUCUGGAUGUUCUCCAAAGAAGCACCAAACCAAAGUGGCGGAUCAUUGUGGGGGCUACCAAGUGCAUUCCCAAAUCCGAGCUUCCCGAGGAGCCAGAGGAGAACUCGGUGACGAGCAACCGGCUCUGGACACAUCCCAGUGACCUGACCAUCGCCCUGAGUGCCAGCACCCCCCUGUACCCCCCCGGCCGCAUCAUCCACGUGGUGCACAACCACCCUGCCGAGCAGUGCUGCUGCUGUGAGCAGGAGGAUCCCACCUACUUUGCCAUCUGGGGGGACAACAAGGCCUUCAACGAGGUGAUCAUCUCCCCGGCCAUGCUGCACGAACACCUCCCCUACGUGGUCAUGGAAGGGCUCAACAAGGUGUUGGAGAACUACAACAAGGGGAAAACAGCUCUGCUUUCUGCAGCCAAAGUGAUGGUCAGUCCUACAGAAGUGGAUCUCACCCCGGAGCUGAUAUUCCAGAGCCAGCCCUUGCCCAGCUGCCCCACCGUGCAGAUCGGAACUGGACCAAUCCCAGUGGACAGGAGGAACAGCAGUACCAAGAGCAAAUCCCAUUCGGAAAUCAGCCUGGAGGGGUUCUAUGAGACGAAGCCGCUUUCUCCCGUGCAGAAGGACCCCGUGGAGCUGCUUCUCCUGGACACCAAGGAACGUCUCUCCGUGGAGCUCCAGGACCGCCGCGCCCCUCUGGCCACCAUGGAGAGCCUCUCGGACAACGAAUCCAUCUACAGCUUCGAUUCCCGGCGCUCCUCCGGCUUCCGGAGCAUCCGGGGCUCCCCCAGCCUCCAUGCGGUCAUGGAGAAGGACGAGACGCACUGCUUUUAUAUAGACCCCGUUAUCCCUGAGGAGAACCCUUCCCUCAGCUCCCGGACAGAGCUGCUGGCUGCUGACAGCCUCUCCAAGCAUUCCCAGGAGACGCAGCCCCCGGAAAAUGUCCUCAACAGCGGCGGCACCACCCCCCAGCGCCGCUGCAGCGCCGAGGGCACCGGGAGCGACGGGGAGCGUGCGUCCUCGUCCCCGCGGGAAGAGCCCCCGCUCCACAACGGCCGCCUGGCCGACGUUCCCAGCCCCCAGGUACUGGAAUUUGCCGAGUUCAUCGACAGCCUCUUCAACCUGGACAGCAAAAGCAGCUCCUUCCAGGACAUUUACUGCAUGAUGGUGUCGGACAGCUCCAGCGACUUUGCGGAGAUUCCCAAAUCCGUCAGCGACCAGGAGAUCCUGCUGAGGGCACAGUACGAGCCCAACUUAGUCCCAAAGCCCCCGAGGUUGUUUGCGGGCUCGACGGAUCCCUCAUCGGGAAUCUCCGUGUCGCCCUCCUUCCCCCUUAGCUCAUCCGGAGAACUCAUGGAUAUCACUCCCACGGGUGUGAGCAGCCAGGAAUGCCUGGCCACGGACAAAAUCCGGACUUCCACCCCUUCUGGACACGUAACCAGCCCUGCCAAGCAGGACGACCUCAUGAUUUCGGCCCUUUAGUGCAGGGGAAAGGGGUGGAAUGAUCCCAGUGGGAUAAUCCAUGGAGGAGGCUGUCAUCGGGCAGUUGGGAUCAGAGGAGACAGCUGGAAAAAUCCUUUCUGGGGUGACCCAGUGGUGGUGUCUGGAGGAUGGAUUGUGCUGGAAUUCUGUGCUUGGAGCUGGGAGAAGCUUUGCCCCGCGGGGCCUGAGAGGGUCUGAGGCACUAAAGUUCCCUACCUCAGCCUGUCUCAUUCCAGAGGCAGAUUCCUUGCCCUGGGGCACCUGCUGAGUUUGGGAGUGAGAUACUUGGAUAGAUGGAAGCAGGAGGGAGCUGGGCCAGAUCCCUCUCCUCGGGACCGAGCCGGUGGUUGUGGGAAAUGAGCGGAUUGAGACUUUGGGCCCUGUUGCACUACCACGGAUCCGGCCCAAGAUCCAAUUCGGCACACUCCCAUGGGGAUUGCUUUUGUAGGACACUCCUGUUUUAAAGCCAUUGGGGCUGUAUUCCCCCCAAAUCCAGUCUCCCCUUCCCGGCCAGGCGCAGCAGGAAUGGGGCUGGCACCGUGGUUUCUCUCCCCCGAGCACUCCUGAGAGAGGGAAGGACGCUGUUCCCAAGAGCCCAAUCCCUCUGCCUUUGGCAGAAAGUUCUCCUGGAUAUCACCCCCAUCACUCCUUGGUUCCCUGGACCCCUCUAAGCUGGCGACAUUCCUGUGGGACUGCCAGGAUUCUCAUCUCAGAGCUGCAUGGAUGUGGAUGGAUCAACUGCAAGAUGCACCUGGCAUUAUUUUCCAGUCCCCUGUGGAGUCUGGGAGUCUCUCCUGGAUCCCUGGGGGUCCUCACACCACUCACAUGCAGCAUCCACAGUGGAUCAGUGCCAGCCUCUGUCAUUGGGAAUUCAGGGAAAAGAUGGACUUUUUCCCAGUGUUGCAAUCUCUUGUAUGUUUACAGAGCUGCUGAGCUGGUUGGAAGGUAUUUAUUAAGGAAAUAGGGAGGCUUUCCUGAAGGAAAAUCCAUGGUCAUCCUCUCCUUCCCAUGCUGUUCCCUCUGGGGACUGAGGGAAGAGAGGAUGGCAGGCAGAAUUCUAAGCCCCCUGCUUCCCAAGUGGCUUAGAUGUGGGGGUAACUGCCUGCCCCCUCUCCCCACCUGCACAAUUCCAUGUAGGAAAGCUUGAGCAAGUUAGGAAAAACUACCUGAGCCUCCGGGCCCAGAGGAGCCUGCUCCGCCUCUCCAGGCAGGUUUUCCAGUGAUGGGAGCAGGAGGAAAACUACCUAUUGUAGGAAAUGAAACAUUCUUGGGACCUGGAAAAGGCCUUGAAUUGCCACAACUCCCCCUCAAAGCUAAGCAGUUACUGAUGGCUCUCCAUGGAGCUCCCUGGAAAAGAAAUUCCUGGUUUAACUUCCUUAGAAUCCUGUGGUUGCUCCCUUUUCCCCUUCUUAGCAGUGCUAUUUUCAUUGUAGGUGGAUGCUGUGCUUUCCAGGAGCUCGGCUCCUGGCAAAUCCCAGCUUCCUGUUCUCCAUGUGGGCUGUGGAAGCGCUGGGAUGGGUCAGGGCUGUGCUCCCUGGGAGCCAGUGGGAUCCAAUGCCAUUGAGGAGCACUUUAUAACCACUGUGCAUUGAUGUAAACAAUCCUGGGUGCACGGAAUUCCACUGGAUUCUGGGUCCAAGUGCUGAUAUCCCACUCCAUCCAGCGUGGGAUGCUCCAGCCCCUGCUCCUUACCUGUUUCAGAGCCUUCAGAAGUGCUUGAAGCAGCCAGGAAAACAUUAUCCCUGUGGGUUAAGGUUCCAAAGGUGACCUUUCCCUCCCUGAGUGGAAUCA